AAGGAUUCCUCAUAAUAUUUAAAAAAAGAAAGAAAAAAUACACAACAUUAGGAAAAUAACUGCAACCAUUACAUUUGUUUUGUUUAUUUCGUGCUGCUUUCUGCUUGUUUGCUUUUGUUGAUAGUUUCUAGAAGUAAAUAACGUAUAAUAUAUGUAUGGUUUAUUCACUAACUUAUUCAAAUGGAUGCGCAUGUACCUGUUGAUGAAUUUAAUGCUGCUUUAUGGAAGCGUUUUCAAGAUGGAAAAAUCCGUAAUGUUUAUCCUUUAAGUAAAUAUAAAGACAUAAUAGAAAAAAUUAAAAGUAUGAAUGAAAAUCCUCCUUGUAACAUUCCUGGUGAAUAUUAUUUGUUACGUAAAUUUGUGGUGCUGAAUAUCGCAGGAAAAGAGCGAUUAUCUUGCAAACAAGAAAAUACUGCUAUAACUGAAAACUCGCAAGAUGUAAUAAAGUUUUACGUUGCCUUAGAAGAAAUAUAUUCUUACAUCGAAGUAGCUCAUAAAUUUGUCAAACAUGGAUGUCGCGAUCGAAUAGUCAGGCGUAUUCAAAAUCAAGGUAUAGUUAAUAUUACAAGGGAUACGGUGGAACUUUUUCUUUCCUAUUGUAAACUUUGCAGGCCACGUAAACGAGAUGUAUUCCGUAAAUUGGCCCCGAAAAUAACUGCGGUUGAUCAUCAUUAUGAAAGAUCAUGCGACAGUCCUCUCAGUAAUACAAGUAACAGUAGUGAUAAUCAUAGAGAAAUAGAUGAACAAUUACCUGUUAUAACAGCACCUGAUAAUAUUAUAAACAGUUAUGUCACAGAAACUAAUUCAAAUAAUACUGUUUGCACUUUCAGACGGGGAUUCAUCGACUUAAUUGACUUUAGCACUUGUCCCGAUGGUGACUACAGAUUUGUAUUUUUAUAUAUUGACUUACAAACAUGUUUUUGUGUUUUAUACCCCACUAGAUGCAAAUGUAAAUAUGAAAUUGUGUCGCAUUUAAUGAGCACAUUUACAUUGAUUGGACCGCCUCAAAUUUUGCACAGCAAUUUCGAUAAUCAGUUUUUAUCAUUAAUCAUCCAUGAGCUAAAACAAUCUUGGACGGAUAUUGUUAUGGUUUCAGGCUCAAAUGUUUAUGAAGAAUUGCAAGAAGUUGCUCAAAAUUGUAUUGCAGAUAUUAACUCUAUGUUAAAACAAUGGAUGCAGGAAAAUAAUUCGAGCAAUUGGAGUUUUGGGCUGAAACUUGUUCAAUUAAAGAAAAAUACAAAGUUGUCUAAUAAUGGAACAAAAUGUCCGUACGAGUGUUUCUUUAGUCGUUCAAUAAAUUCUUCCAACAUUCCUUCAAGUAUACAAUUGGAGAAGUUAACAAAUAUUGAAAAGGAAGAUGAUUUAUUAGCUCUAAUAAAUGAACAAAAUUAUUCUGUGUUGCCUUAUGAACAUCUUCAAGUUUCUUUAGAUCCUAAUGUCUGUAAGUUAGUGCAUUUGCAACAGAAUGAUCCUACCCUUAGUAUAGAAGCUGAAAAUGUUAAUUCUACAGUUGUUAAAAAGGAACCAUUGUCUGACAGUGAGACAUCACAGAAUGGCUUACAGUUUAGUGAUUCAUCCAAUGAUUGUUCUUCAAUUCAAAAUGGAAAUUUAGAGGUCACUUUGAAGCAAGAAGAAGAUUCUUAAAAUUAGUAGUGGCUAGGAUGUAAAAAGUCAGCCAUUUUUAAAAGAGAACAAUACCUUACAAUUAUCCAUUUUCAUCUCUCAACUCGUUUCAUCACAAACUCUCUGAUAUAUCUCACUAACCCAAUCAAGAUUAAAAAUCGAACUGUAACUAUUCUCAUUUCUGUUAUAAAUUGAAGACAUCAAGAAAAAUUAUCUCUUAUCAUUCAUUAAAUUUCAUUAAUCUCUUUUAUUUAAAUUGCAUAAACUUGAGUUUUGUCUCUUCAUUUAAAAUUUAUUCGCAUUACUAUAUGCAUUUUUUUUUCUAAUAACUAUCAGAUACUUGAAACUCAAGAAAUGGAAUGAUUAUGCCUAACUAUGUGAUUUAAAUCAGAUUUAAUUAGAUAUCUGUAAGUGACGUCACAUGUGUGGCGAACCUGACUGGUUCCCGAAUCGACAAAUGCCUCGAUUUACCAACAAUGAUGUCACUUGCAGGUAUCCAAUUAUUAUAACACUUUUUGACUACAAAAUUUCUUCUGAACGUUUUGUUUCCAAAAGUAUCCAAUGUUUGUUACAACAUUACUGUAUCAUAUUAUUAUAAACUUUGAAGUUUAUUUUUAUGAAAAAAAAAUUAAAAUUUUGUUUUGUAUAUAA